UAACCUCAAAAGAGGGCCGGGUUUGUUUACGUCAGUUUACGUGGAAAAAGAUGUUAAUAUCAGUAAAAUAAUUUUCUCGUGAACAAUAAGGAAGUUAAAAAUUUGAAAUUAUUACUUCCACACAUGAUAGUAAUUAGUAUAAUGUACAAAUGUUGUACAAAUCCAUUAAUUGACACUAUAACGAAAUAUAUUGACAGAAAGAGGUUAUGUCCCAUGACAUAUGUAUAAACAUACUUUCUCCUAAAUAAAUUAUUGUCUUUUAUGGUAAAAAAAAAAAAUAAUUAUAUAGAAUAUUAGCAAAAUGAGACCAGGUGGAAUGUUUGACAUUUAUGAAUUCGGAAAAAGAAUUCGACGAUUGCUCGAUGGCAAUUAUUCGUACAGAAAAAUUUUAAUGCUUUUAAUUAUUUUUGGAGCAAUUCUCCUUUAUCUUGGUCCACCUUUAGCUCAGUGGCUCUUUUCAAGUAAUGGAAAACCAAUUGAAGCUUUUGAAGAUCAUUGUAUGAAUGAAAGAUUAGCUGGUUUUUAUGUCGAUAUUAUGGAUUAUAAUGCGAAUGUCCUUCAUGAUCCUCCAAAAGAAACUGAUCAUCAUUAUUUACCAUAUAUUGGAAAUGGUUUCAUUGGUGUUCCCAUUUUGCCGGAGGCAUGGCUUUACAUAAAGCAUAAAAGAACUUUAUCCUUACCUGUUUAUUGGCAACCAUUGAUAACAGCUAUUUUACCAGAAAGUAGCCCUUAUCGAGAGGCUACUCUCACACAUUAUACAUCGGGUAUCGUUUAUAAAUAUCAGUGCCUUAGAGAUGGUUAUUAUAUAGUCUCUCAAUACUAUGCCCAUAGAAGUUUCGAUGGUAUUCUCGUGCAGGAUAUAAAAGUCGUUAAUCCUUCUGCAUUGUCACAGGAAGUUGCUUUAAAUUCACAAACAUCUAUACACUGGCCUGAUACACAAAUUGAACCCAUUAAAAUUAUCUUGGAUGGAACAAUUGUUGAGUUUAAUUUGAUUUCGGGACAUGUAACAUUGCCUGAUUCAAAUAAAAUUAUUGCUGUGUCAAUUGUUUAUAAAACACCACCGAAGGUACUUCAGGUUAAAGCGAGAGGCUCUUCGAGUUUUGAAUAUCUCACUAGUAUUAAAUUCAGUGAAGCUGUGUCACCUGAACAAUAUCAUGUUGAACGUGAUAGUACUCAGAAAAAGGCGAUAGAUGCAAUGAAGAAAGCUUUAAUACGCCAAGCACGUGGUUUGAAGUCCGAACAUAUUAAUCAUUGGCAAAGUUAUUGGUACACGGGAUUCAGAAUAAGUGAAUCGAAAGCAAAGGGUGCAAUUAAUGGUCAUAAAAUUAAUUCCACAAUGUAUUAUGUCUUGUCACAAGUGCCAAGAAGUAUUCCAGAUGUUGAAAAAGUCGUGUCAAAUAGUGAAGGAUGUUAUAAAGGUCAUCAUACAUUAAAUGCGCCAAAAUUAUGGGAAGACACUUCGUCGAUCAAUCAGGUGAACGAUGUUGUUCAAGCGUGGCUAAUAACAUUAGAAAAGCAAGGUUGUCAUCGUCUUACAACCGGAAGUCCAUCAGCAGUACAACAAGCAAUUGUCCUUAGUUUAGGCAGCUUGAGAUUUACCAAUCAACAUUUGGAAUUUAAUAUUGAACCACAAUAUCUUCAUCGUGAUUAUUUAUUCAGGAGAAUAAGUUAUGGAAAUAUUACACAUUUGAAUAUAUCGGUGUCAGUUAAUGAUGAUAAUCGAGCGGUUUUGGGAGUGGCACUUGAUCGCAGUGAUAGUGGUUAUUUUGCGUGUGACGCUGGUUGUUUAGAUGAUCCACUUUCCCUUAGUCAAACAUAUACAAAUUUUCCUGUUAAAUUAACACAACCAAUUACUUCUGUUCUUUAUAUUACAUCAGAUUAUGAGCACAUUUUGGAUCUUCGAAAGGCUCUGCACCUUCACACUAUUGAUGAAGCGCCAGCUCAUGAUCAUCAUGUAAUUGCGUUGCAUAAGCAUGGACAUCAACUUGGAGGUUUGCCGACAUUCUUUUGGGUAACGAUAGGCUUUUUAAUAGUUGUUUUUCAUCUUUUUCUUUGUAAGUUAAUGAUCACUGAAUAUCGGGGACAUCAAGAUCGACAAAAAGUCCGCUAUAAUAAACCAUAAUUCCGUUGAUUCUAUAUGUAAAUAUUCAUUUCACUAAGAUGUACAUAUAUAUUUUUACGAUAAAGAAAACGGAACCAAUUGUGAUUACUUAUUUAGAUGGACUAGAAAUUUUUAUUUCGACAUUUAUUAUAUAUAAUAAUAUUCAAAUUAUAAUAAAUUUCAUUGUAAUAACUCGA